AUGGCCAUCCAGACACUUCCUCGAUACCUGCGUCUAUCUUUUUUGCCCUCUCGUUUCGCAGUGCUUCCAAGCACCCGUCAUGUCCCAUCCAGGUCCUCGUUGAAUCGCCGCAACCUGACAGCAAGCUCAAGGCUUCAAGAACAUGGAGAUACCACGCAAAGACGUGGCAAUGGCCUCUCAAUGCCCAGACAUAGCUCCAAGGACUCUGGACGACCACUCAGCCCAGGCCCCAGCUCCGAAGUCGACAGCCUCAGAUACUUCCCUGCCCAGCUCAACACCGUUCUUCGUGGCAAUCCCAAAAUCACAGUAAUCAGGAAACUAGGCUCUGGCCCUCGUUCCUCAACAUGGCUCGUGAAACACAUCGAAUCCAGUACCUACUCAGCGCUCAAAAUCUACACUGCCGCCGCUUCUCGGGAAGAACGAGGACUGGCAGAAGAGAAAAGGUUAGUUGAGUUGAGGGACGUGAUGGCUUACAGCAGCGGCUAUUCCAAGCAUCCCUGCCAUUUCAGUACGUGGUGGGAGGAGAGCACCCGCGGACGUCAUCUGUGUUACCUUGUGGAACCCUAUUGCGGGUUAUCGCUCGAGGACGUCAGAAAUGGAGACCCGAUGGGCCGGCUGCCUAUUCGUACCGUCCAAUUCGUCUUCAAUGAACUAGUGGAGAAGCUGAGCGAAGUUCAUGGGUUCGCGGAUGGGAUGCACGGGUCCCUCUCGGCAGAGAACGCUGUGUUCUGGACCUGGGCCGACGUUAAAUACCUCAAGCCACACCUCUCUCUGCCAGAAGGGAGUACUAUCGACGGAGUUGCGAAGAUAAAAGCCCAGCCAUUAAUGCAAGUCGAGAAUCCCGACCCUAAAUCGACGGACGACCUUCCAACCGUGAUGAAAACCUGGCAAUUCGUUUUCCGCGGUUUCGAAUAUGCUCAGGUUGGUUCCGGCCUCAAACCACACCCGCAACAUGACUACGCGUCUGCACCAGAGACACUCUUAUCCAAUGCAACCUGCUCGUCCCAAACCGAUAUUUGGAUGCUAGGAGUGAUGAUAUUCAAGCUCUUGACAGGUCGUGAUCUCUUCACCUCCACUGGUACACCUCUGGAACGCUUCACCGAAAUACGCCAUAUCCUCGAGGAGGACGAUAUCCCGAGUGGUUAA